AUUCAAUACGCCCGGCUUGGAGAAUUUUGCUGUCUCUUUCUGUUUCUAUUAGUUAGUCAUCAAUACCAGGCAUUUGCCAGCUGUUUUCAGGACGAUGCCGCUACCGCUACCGCUCUCCCUCUCCCUGGAUGAUGGUGAACCCAACAGACUUUCUCUUACCCGCAAACUCAGUUUGCUAGUUAUGUUCUGUCUCACCCAAUUCUUGGAUACCUUGAAUGUCUCAGCUCUCAUAUCUGCGAUCCCUGUACUCGAGGAAUCCAUGGGUAUGACCGAAAUUCAAUCCACUUGGGUCUUUAGUGCAUUCCGAUUGACUUUUGCAUCAUUCCUGCUUAUCAGCGGCCGUCUCAGCGACGUAUAUAACCCAAAAAUCGUGUUCAUCGGAGGAGUAUCCAGUCUCGGAGUCCUCACCCUGUGCGCCGGAUUUGUUGUCGACACAAUUCCAAUCGUUAUCCUCAGAGCAAUUACUGGAAUAGCUUCUGCAAUGACCAUCCCCUCUGCCCUAAAACUCCUGGUAAGGGUAUUCGCCGAUCCACUCGAACAAGCUCGGGCAAUAGGGUUCUUUGCAGGCUGUGCUGCGAUUGGCAACAUGGGAGGUCUCGUAGUGGGUGCAAUGUUCGUCCAAUGGGCAUCUUACCACUGGGUCUUCUGGUUCAUAUCAUGCGCGGCUUGCCCGGUGGCUCUAGUUUGUGUUUUCAUGAUACCGUCACAAAUUGGAGAGACUGCGGGCGCUCUUAAGCCCAAAGGGGCGAAAUGGAAAACUCUUGAUUUAGUCGGCGUAGGCAUUUUAACUGUUGCUUUCAUCUUAUUCAUCUUCUCUGUUACAUCCGGUUCCACUGAUAGUUGGAAAUCCCCGAUGGUGUUGGUCCUCCUAAUCGUUUCAGUUGUAAUGAUGGCUGGGUUUUUCUACUGGGAAACGCUCUUGCCUGUGGAACAUGCUGUGAUACCACCCCGAACGUGGUUUUACAAUAACUUCUCUGUUCUCUUCGCCGUUGCACUGUUGCCAUCCUUCUGGUGGAACGCAGUGAUGUUGAUUUUUAGCAUGAUGUGGCAAAACGUGUUUUACUGGUCGGCAAUAUCGUCGGCUGUCCACAUGUUGCCGCUCGGUAUCGUAGCCUUGGCUGCAAGUUUAACCGGAUCACUUUCUCGCAUCGUCAGUCCGAAGUGGCUUAUUCUCACCGGUCUAUCAAUGUGCAUGACUGCUACCUUAUUGCUGGCGCUCGGUGGGGGGAAGCCCGAAAAUUAUUGGCCGUAUGUGUUCCCGGGAUUUUCGCUAGGCACCGCAGGAGUCAUGAUGACUUCUACACAUACGAACAUCGCUAUUUUCCAAUCUGCGCCUUCAUCCAUGGCUGGCACAGUUGGUGCCAUGUUUAACGGCGCGCUUCAAUUUGGAUCCGCAAUCGGCCUCGCUGCUAUAAGCUCAAUAGAGACAUCCGUUGAGGCCACACAUGGAGGUCCGUAUGAGUACACCGGACGAGCUGCGUCGAUUUGGUUCCUCUUUGGGGUCGUUGCUCUUCAAUCCAUUUCGAUACUGAUCUUUUACGACCGCAGUACGGACCACAAGCCGCAACCAAAGCAUGACAACCCCGUGUAUUCCACACAUCAUAACAUAUCAAAUGAAAAGCUCAGCGAUACGCACGCAACCACCAUGCCGGAAUCAAUUUAA